UUCUUUUUUCUCUUAGAAAGGGGGAGUUAUGGAUGAAAAGAAUGAUGUGGACAAGGGAGGUGAAGUGAUGCUGCCUGGGUUCCGAUUCCAUCCGACAGAUGAGGAGCUUGUUGGUUUCUAUCUGAUAAGAAAGAUUCAGCAGAAGCCUCUGUCUAUUGAAAUUAUCAAACAGCUUGACAUCUACAAGUACCACCCGUGGGAUCUUCCAAAAGAGCUAGCGACUACUGGGGAGAAGGAAUGGUAUUUCUACUGUCCUAGGGAACGGAAAUAUAGGAACAGCACGAGGCCAAACAGAGUGACCGGGGGUGGAUUUUGGAAAGCUACUGGAACAGACAGACCCAUCUAUUCCUCAGAAGGAACCAAGUGCAUAGGCCUGAAGAAAUCCCUGGUCUUCUACAAAGGAAGAGCUGCCAAAGGGAUCAAAACCGACUGGAUGAUGCAUGAAUUUAGGCUGCCUUCUAUCACUGAUUCAACUCCAACUAAAAGGCCCAUCGAUAAGAACCUUCCCGCCAAUGAUUCAUGGGCAAUUUGUAGGAUUUUCAAGAAAACCAGCUCCAUGGCCCAAAGAGCUCUCUCCAAUACAUGGGUAUCUCCGUUGUCAGAAAACACCAGUUUCGACCCAUAUGCUCACGCAGUACACGGGACCCAAUUCACUUCAAAGAACAGCAUAUCUAGCACCAGCCAAGCCGGAUCAGCAUUGCAGUUCAGUUGUAAAAGCGAAUUGCAGCAGACCUUGACUACCGCUUUCUCUCCCCUAGAUGUUCUCUCCUACAAACACAUCAAUCCUACAGUCUGCAAGCCACCUCUACUUCCCAUUUCAAACAUGGAGUUCCCCACCAGCCUUUUGUUCCCCCCACCUGAAAUGCUAGGACCAACAAAGUGUACCGUCGAAAUUGCUUCCAUGCUUCAAAACAUGUCCCCUGCAAUAUUUGGGGAUGUCAACAGGGCCUCUACGAAUAUAGACUUUGGGACACAGCAGUUUAACAGCUACAAUGCCAAUCUACAGCAGGACACAAAAACGAACAUAGAUAAUGCAGACUAUCAUGAAAAUAAGGAGUGGGAAACCACAAGAACAGUUGGUUUUCCCUUCAAUGUUCCUCCAAAUCCAUCAGAUGAAUGGAAAUCCAAUCUGUCAUGGGAUUCUCCCCUUUGUCCGAGUGAGAUGUCCACAAGUUAUUCGAUAACCAAAUGCCACACUUGAUGAACUCAAACAUACUGGAAGUACUUCUCUUUGCCUAGUAUCGAGUAAGUCAGAGUUCAUUGGGAUUCUUCUCCAUGUAUAGUGGUACAUCAUUUCCAUAUUGCAACGUUUGUGAGAAGAAUUGCGAACAGAAAAAUGAGCUUUCAGUUAGGUUA